AUGAUUUUAAUUAUUGUAGCUCUAAUUUUGGCAAUUUAUUUAUAUGGUCGAAGAACAUUUAAUUACUGGGAAGUGCGAAAUAUAAAGCAUGAUAAGCCAAUAUUUUUAGUUGGAACAAAUUUGAAAAAUUAUUUGCUACAGCAGAACAUAACUCAACAGGCUGAAAAUGUGUACUGGAAAUAUCCAAACGAGAAAGUUGUUGGAUUUUAUCGUGGAUGGCGCCCGGAACUUGUGAUAAGGGACCCAGAAAUAGUAAAAUGUAUUUUAACUAGUGACUUUUCUUAUUUUAAUAAUCGUGGCUUAAAUCAACAUGAAAAGGUUGAAACUCUUCUGCAAAGUUUAUUUUUCGUAGAAGGUGAUUUGUGGAGACUUUUACGCCAACGAAGCACAGCGGCAUUUACAACAAGCAAACUGAAGUCUAUGUUUCCUCUUUUAGAAAAGUGUACAGAACAGUUAAAAGUAAGAAUAACUUCUAAAUCCAUUAAUUACGUAUCCGUUGUUGAUGCUCGAGAUUUGAUGGCUCGUUUCACAACAGAUUUCAUUUGUGCGAGUGGAUUUAAUAUUGAAACUGAUGCCCUUAAAAAUGAUAAUUCUGAAUUUAGAAAACUUGGCAAAAGAAUAUUCACAUCUUAUUUACGAGAUUUAGCUGUUAUUGUACUUAAAGAUUUAUUACCUGAAAUAUCAAGUAAAUUUUCGACAUUUGAUUCUAGCAUUGAAGAAAAUUUUAAUUCACUUAUUAGAAAUAUAAUAAAAAUUAAAACACAGACACCUUCGGAUCGAAAAGAUUUUAUCGAUUUAUUAAUGGAAUGUAAUCAAAAAGGGCCCAUGAUAGGCGAUUCUAUUGAGAAAUUGAAACCCGAUGGAACGCCAGAAGUUGUAACAAAAGUGAUGGAUGAAAAGUUGAUGGCAGCUCAAGCUUUCAUAUUUUUUGCUGCAGGAUUUGAAACAUCUGCUAGUGCAACGAGUUUUGCUUUACAUGAAUUAGCAUAUAAUCCGUUGGUUCAGCAAAAAGUUCAAGACGAUAUUGAUCGUGUACUGUUAAAACACAAUAAUAAAUUAACAUAUGAUGCUAUAAAGGAAAUGACAUACCUAGAAUGUACACUGAAAGAAAGUCUGAGAAUGUUUCCUCCUCUCGGAUUUAUCAGCAGGAAAUGCACAAGUCAAUAUACUUUUCCGGAAUUAAAUUUGAAAAUCGAUAAAGGUGUAGCUGUUAUAAUACCAGUAAAAGCUUUACAAAAUGAUCCUUUAUACUUUGAAAAACCUGAAGAAUUUCGCCCGGAAAGAUUCCUUUCACAGGAGUUUGAAAUCAAAAAUAAAUAUAUUUUUCUACCGUUUGGAGAAGGACCAAGAUCUUGCAUAGGUAGGUUGGUAUGA